CUUAAUUCCCUCUCCAUCAACACAAAUUAAAGAAAAAAAAAUAAGCAGAAACAAAGCAAGGAAGAGAAGAGAAGGAAGGAGCCAGCUUGAAAGGGAGACUCAAAAGGCGGAUAGAGAGAUCUGCUCGUCUUCGUUCCAGAUCCUCUCAUUCAUUCCGAGUAUUCCCCUUCAGUCUUAGGCUCAGAUUCUUAGAGGUGUGGGUGUAUUCAAAUCGGCACCUCUCUUGCUUUGAAAGAGACUCAGCUAUGCCUGGAAGAUGUGUCCUGUUUCUAGGACACUAGUUGCACGAGCUAGCUGGAGCUACUAGUAGUCUUCUUCUUCUUCUUUCUUCCUCCUCUGCCUGCUUAGUUGUUGUGGAUUAGAUGGAAAACAAGCCGACCGUCUUGACCGAUAAGUAUGAAGUCGGGAGGUUAUUGGGUCAAGGUACUUUCGCCAAGGUGUAUUACGGAAGGAGUGUUACUACUAACCAGAGUGUUGCUAUCAAGAUGAUCGACAAGGACAAGGUUAUGAAAGUUGGCCUUAUGGAUCAGAUCAAGCGAGAGAUCUCCGUUAUGAGGAUCGCUAAGCACCCUAACGUUGUGGAGCUCUACGAGGUCAUGGCAACUAAAACGAGGAUCUAUUUCGUUAUGGAGUACUGUAAAGGCGGGGAGCUUUUCAACAAAGUUGCCAAAGGGAAGCUGAGAGAUGACGUGGCUUGGAAGUACUUUCAUCAGCUUAUCGACGCGGUUGACUUUUGCCACAGCAGGCAAGUGUAUCACCGUGACAUAAAGCCUGAGAAUCUGUUGCUUGAUGACAAUGAGAAUCUCAAGGUGUCUGAUUUCGGGUUAAGCGCCCUUGCUGAUUGCAAGAGACAGGAUGGUCUCCUCCACACGACUUGUGGCACGCCUGCGUAUGUUGCUCCCGAGGUGAUCAACCGAAAAGGCUACGAUGGGACGAAGGCGGAUAUCUGGUCUUGUGGGGUGGUUUUGUUUGUUCUGUUGGCUGGAUAUCUCCCUUUCCAUGACUCUAACCUCAUGGAGAUGUACAGGAAGAUAGGGAAAGGAGAUUUCAAGGCCCCGAGCUGGUUCGCUCCAGAGGUACGGAGGCUGUUGUGUAAGAUGCUGGACCCUAACCCUGAAACUAGAAUCACUAUGGCGAAAAUCAGGGAGAGUACUUGGUUCAGAAAAGGUUUACACAUGAAACAGAGAAAGAUGGAGAAACGAGUCAGAGAGACGAACUCCGUGGAAGCUAGUGCUGCAGGUCCAAGCGAGAACGGAAGCGAAAACAAUACAGACCAGCCUAUAAGUAUAAAUGCUUUUGAUAUAAUUGCAUCGUCUGCUGGGUUUGAUCUGACAGGACUGUUUGGAGAUGUUUACGACAAGCGAGAAUCUAGAUUCACAUCCCAGAAACCUGCUUCGGUGAUCAUAUCUAAGCUGGAGGAGGUGGCGCAGCGACUGAAACUGAGCAUAAGGAAACGAGAAGCAGGUCUGUUCAAACUAGAGACAUCAAAGGAGGGAAGAAAAGGAAAACUGUCGAUGGAUGCGGAGAUAUUCCAAGUGACGCCAACGUUUCAUAUGGUGGAAGUGAAGAAGUCUAAUGGAGAUACUCUGGAGUAUCAGAAAUUAGUGAAAGAGGAUCUUAGGCCUGCUCUUGCAGACAUUGUAUGGGUUUGGCAGAGCGACAGAGAUGAGCAGAUAAUGCCUGCUUCACAGCAAGAGGCAGAACAACAACAGCAACAGCAGCAGCAGGAAGAAGAACCAUUGUAGCUUGAGAAUAUUUUGUUAUCAGUUCAAAGUUUUGAAAUUUCUGAACUCUGAUGUUAAACGUACAGUAAAUGAGUUUCUUACAUUGUCGUUUGUGAAAAAGAAAGGAAGAAUCCUGCAUAUAAUAAAGUCCUUU